AUGUCUGCUGAAGAAACUAACCAAAUCCAAGAAUCUUUGGAAAAAUUGAACAUUGAAGAACAACAAGCUUCAACUUCUCCUGUUUCUGCUGAACAAGCUGCUACUGAAGAACAAGCUGAAGGUGCUAAUGUUGCCGACAGUUCUGCUUCUCUUUAUGUUGGUGAAUUAAAUCCAUCUGUUAAUGAAGCUAUUCUUUUUGAAAUCUUUUCCCCAAUCGGUCAAGUCUCUUCUAUUAGAGUUUGUCGUGAUGCUGUUUCUAAGAAAUCUUUAGGUUAUGCUUAUGUUAACUACCAUAAAAUGGAAGAUGGUGAAAAGGCUAUUGAAGAAUUAAACUAUAGUUUAAUUGAAGGUCGUCCAUGUCGUAUCAUGUGGUCUCAAAGAGAUCCUGCUUCUAGAAGAUCUGGUGAUGGUAAUAUCUUCAUUAAGAACUUACAUCCAGCUAUUGAUAAUAAGGCUUUACAUGAUACUUUCUCUGCUUUUGGUAAAAUCUUAUCUUGUAAGGUUGCUACUGAUGAUAUGGGUCAAUCUAAAUGUUUUGGUUUUGUUCAUUAUGAAACUGCCGAAGCUGCCGAAGCUGCUAUUGAAAAUGUUAAUGGUAUGUUAUUAAAUGACCGUGAAGUUUUCGUUGGUAAACAUAUUUCCAAAAAAGAUCGUGAAUCUAAAUUUGAAGAAAUGAAGGCUAAUUAUACUAAUGUUUAUGUUAAAAACAUUGAUGUUGAAUUUAGUGACGAAGACUUUGAAAACUUAUUUAAACCAUACGGUGGUAUUACUUCCAUUUAUUUGGAAAAGGAUCAAGAUGGUAAAUCUAAGGGUUUUGGUUUUGUUAACUUUGAACAACAUGAAUCUGCUGUUAAGGCCGUUGAAGAAUUAAAUGAUAAAGAAAUCAAUGGUCAAAAGAUUUAUGUUGGUAGAGCUCAAAAGAAGAGAGAAAGAAUGGAAGAAUUAAAGAAACAAUAUGAAUCUACUAGAUUAGAAAAAUUAUCUAAAUAUCAAGGUGUCAAUUUAUUUGUUAAGAAUUUAGAUGAAUCUGUUGAUUCUGAACAAUUAGAAGAAGAAUUCAAACCAUUUGGUUCUAUUACUUCUGCUAAGGUUAUGGUUGAUGAAGUUGGUAAAUCCAAGGGUUUUGGAUUUGUUUGUUUCUCAACUCCAGAAGAAGCUACUAAAGCCAUUACUGAAAUGAAUCAAAGAAUGGUCGCUGGUAAGCCAUUAUAUGUUGCUUUAGCUCAACGUAAGGAUGUUAGACGUUCUCAAUUAGAACAACAAAUCCAAGCUAGAAAUCAAAUGAGAAUGCAAAAUGCUGCUGCAUCCGGUGGAAUGCCAGGUGCCAAUUUCAUGCCACCAUUCUUUUAUGGUCAACAAGGUUUCUUCCCACCAAAUGGUGGUAGAGGUCAAGCACCAUUCCCAGGUCCAAACCCUCAAAUGAUGAUGAGAGGUAGAGGACAACCAUUUGGAGGUCCAGAACAAUGGCCAAGACCAGGUGGACCAAAUGGUGGUCAACCAGUUCCAGUUUAUGGUAUGCCACCUCAAUUCCAAGAUUUCAAUGGUCAACAAAACAUGAGAGGAGGACAACAACAACAAGGACAAGGCCAACAACAAAGAGGUGGUUAUUAUCCAAACCGUAAUCAAAAGCAAGGUGGUAAUCGUCAAAAGGAUUUAGCUGCUAUUAUUGCUAAUGCUCCACCAGAUCAACAAAAGAGAAUCUUGGGUGAAGAAUUAUAUCCAAAGAUUGUUGCUACUGGUAAAGCUCAAGAACCAGAAGCUGCUGGUAAGAUUACUGGUAUGAUGUUGGGAUUAGAAAAUCAAGAAAUUUUAGAUUUAUUGGAAGAUGAUGAUUUAUUUAAUAAUCAUUUCGAAGAUGCUUUGACUGCUUUUGAAGAAUAUAAGAAGUCUGAAGGUGCUCAAGCUCCAGUUGCUGAACAACCUCAAGCUUAA